UUUCGGGGGCCAUGUGGGUAUUAUGGAAUUAUUACUGGCCACGGGCAAAGUCAGCAUCAAGCGAAAGGAUAUCCAUGGUCGUUCAGUGCUAUCGCGGGCCUCAACAAGGGAAGCCACCCUGUUACUGCUCAAUGAGGGUGCAGACCCCAAUGACUAUGACUGCGAUGGCAGGACACCCUUGUCCUAUGCUGUGGAAGAUGGCCAGAGAAGUAAGGUCGAAGUCCUUCUUCAGCACCCAGAAAUCAACAUUGAUAUGGUCGACCGCAACGGCAACACGCCUCUAUUUUACGUUGGGAGCCUGAACAGUGGACCUGUUACGCGGGACAACAAAUAUCUUGAAUAUGAAAGGUCCAACCAAGUAGCGGGUGAACGGCUUAAAGGGGAGGAAGACCUUCGGGCCAUGGCAGAGCUUCUCGUCAGCUACGGGGCGGACCUCCAUAUAACAAAUAGUGACGGGCAAACUGCGCUGUUCCCUGCUGUUUCUCAUCAUCACAAAGCGCUCGUGGCAUUUCUGCAACAAGCUGGCCUAAGUAUGGACAAGCAAGACAACGAUGGCAUGACACCAACAAUGCACUUAUCGGUACACUCGAACCACACCCUCAGUCCGUUUGACCAGGAGCUAGAGGAAUUGUUCAACAGUAAGCUACUCAACAGUACACUUCUGAACAGUAAGCUAUUCUGUCAACCUGACAGGCAAUUCGAGGAUGAAUCCCAUGACGACUUAUUCGAUGCAGAAGAGGAAACACUGGGGAUGUCCAUCAAUGGAAUAGGGCUUGGGAGCGCGCGGAACCCCUUUCCGCAAAUGGAGAACGCGUUGUACUCUAUCGGGCUUUCACGAAAACAACUAUCCAGCGUUCCAGUCCAGAUGCAUGGCAAUAUUGAGUCACCAAAUAUAUUUGGACCUUUUGACGAAAUUGAGCGGGUGCAUCAGAACAAAGUUCUAGAUGAGAAACCAAUCGGUCCUCCGGUGCUAGGGAGACGGUUCCCAACGCAGAAUUAGUAACUCUAUCUAAUAAUCUCCGGUCCGUAUUUUAUCCUCGAAAGUUCUUUGUGCCGAGAGAGAUUAUGGCACAAAAGUAUCUAAACUAGAAGUCUCAAAUUUGCGCAGGGGACCAGGGGCUGCACGCGGGUCUGUUACAUCCAAGUUGGAUGUAACCU